GAGCGGGCGCAGGAAGCUGGCAGUGCCCGGGGUCAGCGGUGGGAAGCGGUGCUGAUGCUGAAGCGCAGGGAAAACCCGUGGACACGGCGUUAUUGAGGCAGAAAUGAGGCCAGCCCGGGGGCGUGUGCUGCACCAUGAAGUUCCAAAGCACAACAGCCUUUCAGCUUACCAGAGAAGAUCAAGAUGAGUCUACGGAAGCAAACCCCGAGUGACUUCCUAAAACAAAUCAUUGGAAGGCCAGUUGUUGUAAAAUUAAAUUCUGGAGUUGAUUAUAGAGGUGUCCUGGCUUGCCUGGAUGGAUAUAUGAAUAUAGCUCUGGAACAGACUGAAGAAUAUGUAAAUGGGCAAUUAAAGAACAAGUAUGGGGACGCAUUUAUCCGAGGAAAUAACGUAUUGUACAUAAGCACGCAGAAGAGGAGGAUGUGAAGAUGCCAGAAGGAGGCUGUUUUGUACUUGUGAACCUCUUCAAGUGAUGAGCCCUAUUUGGUUUGUAGUUAAUAAUCCACAGGCAAAACACACAAGUGUUGAAGUAUUUUUUUAAAAUAAAUGUAAAUCAGUGUAAACCUGAA